GGCGCUUGCCCUCGGCUGCCAGCGGCGGGCCGGCACCUCCCCAUGCUGGCUUCCGCCAGRCAUUGCUGAAAGACGCAAUGUUUAGCCCCAGAGGAACCUUGCCCCCRAGGCCCAGAGGACCCAACCCGUCGGGCACCAAACCCCCGGGAACCUUCGGGCCUGGUGGCGCAGCGGGGCCACCGAGGAAACCCUCGCCCGCGACGCCCCAGGCAGCGCCCCAGCGAUUCUCGGGGCAGGACGCGCUGCAAUGGACGGGUUCGCAGAGGAUCAACGUCCGCGUCACGCUGCACAGGGCCGAUCCCAGGAAAGUCAAGGAGAAGAGCAACCUGCACCAGGAGCCGAAGGGAGACCCUCGCGCCAACCGCUGGGACAACGGCCCCUGCCCUGCCGGGACGAGUGGGCCAAAGCCGCCCGGCCCGGCGCCGGUCUUGGAGCAGAAUUCCAACCCGCAGAACCGCUACACGCCCGAGAGCGCCUCCAGCAUUUUAGCGAGCUUUGGGCUGUCCAAUGAAGACCUGGAGGAGCUGAGCCGCUACCCCGAUGACCAGCUGACACCRGAGAACAUGCCGCGGAUCCUGCGCGAGAUCCGCAUCCGGAAGCUGGGCCACGCCGUGCCCAGCCUGCACCCUCCGAGCCGCGGGGAGGAGCCGGGGGGCGACAGCAGCAGCACCACCACCACCGUCAAGAGCAAAGUGAUCGACUACGGCCACGCCAGCAAGUACGGCUACACUGAGGACCCGCUGGAGAUCCGCACCUACGGCCCCGACGCGCUGCCCGAGGAGCCGCUGGAAGCACGCGUCUACAACCCUGAGCCAUCGAAUGCGGAGAACCGGGAAGAAUUCCAGCGGGAGCAGAGCGUGCCGGUGGCCGUCCCGCCGCCCAGYGUGCCGUGCAACCCCGUGUUCCCAGCAGAAGACCUCAUCAAGCUGCCGACCUUCCCCAGYGACUCGUCGCCCGCCCCGUCGUUUUUCCCCGCCGAGCCGCCGGCCAAGGUGCCGGGGCUGUGCGGCACCACGCCGCCGGCGGUGAAGCCGGUGGCCCAGCCGCCUCUGCCGCCGGUSAUGCCGCCCAUGGUGCCGGCGCUGCUGCCCACGCCGCUGCCGCAGCCUAUAAUGCCCCCGGUGAUGCCGCCGCUGGUCCAGCCGCCCGUGUCCCAGCACGUGUUGCCGCUGACGUCGCCGCCCUUCUCGGCCGGGCUCCUGGCCGCCAUCAGCCAGCACGAGCGCAAGCAGCGCGAGACCGGCAGCUCCCAGCCCAGCGCCGGCUCCRCGGCGGGACACAAACCUUUCCAGUCACAGGCCGAUGAGCCCAUCAAAUCCCCGUUCGGGGUGGUCAAGGCGUCCUGGCUGCCCGUGUUCCCGGAUUCCCAGAAGAGCAAACGCCUGCCCACCCCGUCCAUGAUGAACGACUACUAUGCCACGUCGCCGCGAAUAUUCCCACAUUUGUGUUCUCUGUGUAACAUUGAAUGCACUCAUAUGAAGGAUUGGAUCCUGCACCAGAACAACCCCGCCCACCUCGAGAGCUGCCGCAAGCUGCGCCAACAAUACCCCGAGUGGAAUCCUGAGGCUCACUCAUCCAACAGAAAUGCCGGUGACAGGAAGGAGAACCGGACCCCCAAGCACCGCUCCAGCUCGUCCAGCCCCAGCCGGCGGCACUCGCGGCCGGGAAGCUCCAGCUACGCCCUGCGCCGUUACCGCUCCCGAUCCCGCAGCCCCGGCAGAUUCCGGAGACCCCGCAGCCGCAGCCCCCGGCACAUCCGAAGGCUCAGCCCCAGACACAGAUCCAGGCACAGAUCCAGRUCUCCUCAACGCUCCAGGAAUCUCUUGAGACCCAGCCCCAGACCGCGGAGAUCGUCCAGCACCGACCGCUCGUCGCGGAGGUCCAGCCGCUCUGAAGACAGGAAGGCAGCGCUGGARGCCGUGAUGAAAACUUUAGGGCCAGGAUUCCUGGCUGAAUUCAAGAAGCACAAAUCCCUCCAGGUGGCCGUGCAGGAAUCCCUGGCCUCGGGAAGAGCCUCCUCCACCCAUGGAACACCGGGCAGGACAACCGGGACCACCAAAAAAACCCUCAAGAGCAGCAGCAGCGCUCCCAAAACUUCCCGAAAAGAYGGAUCUGCCACGCCGGGGCCGAGUUCUUCCACGGAAGGAGAURGUUCUGUCCAGAGCAAAGAGCUGGAAGAGAACAAGGAGGAGAAAUCCACGGGCAGCAGCAAAACUCAUUCUUCUUCCUACAACAGGCUGCUGAGGGAGGACCUGCUGAGCUGCGGGACUGUCCUGCAGAUCUCGGAUUUGCCRGAUGACGGAUUUUCCGAUCAGGAUAUCAAAAAAAUCGUCCAACCCUUUGGAAAAGUCAGCGACCUCAUCGUGCUGCGCUCCAGGAACGAGCAGGUCAAAAAAACGGUGAAAAAACGAGUUCUGAACACUAAAAAAACUGCAACAAGCACCAAAAAAGUUCCGACCACCAGCACCAAGACACCCAAACCCGUGACAGGGAAAAAGGAAAAACUCAAGAAACCGACAGCGCCUGGCGAGCGAAAAGUCAAGAAAACYUCAAAUACUGCAGCAAAACCUCAGGAUGAAGAUUCCCAGGCUCCAGCAGAACCCGGGAUGGAAGUUGAGGAAUCCCAAAAAGAGACAGAUCCCAAAAAUUCCACRGAACAGGACGGGAUCACCGAGCCUGGGGAUGCUCCGGAGACUGAGCCURAUCCUGGACCUGCAGCAGAGCCUCCAACGCCCACAGAGAACGAGGAAUCRCCAGAUCCAGCCAAGAAGGACCCCGAUGAGAUGUGCGUGGUGCUCAUUUCCAACCUUCCCGACAAAGGAUAUUCCGUGGAGGAAAUUUCCAACCUGGCCAAACCCUUCGGAGGUCUGCGGGAUAUGCUGAUCCUCUCCUCCCACAAAAAGGCUUACGUGGAGAUCAACAGAAAUGCUGCUGAUUCCAUGGUGAAGUUUUACAGCUGCUUCCCGAUGUUCCUGGAUGGGAAUCAGCUCUGCAUCAGCCUGGCACCCCAGUACAGGAGUGUGAAGGAGGAGGAAGCGAUUUUCACUGCCCUCAUUAAAGAUUCUGACCCCAAGGUGAACACGGAAUCCAUCCAGCAGCAGUUCGUGUACCUCGGGAAUCUCCCGGACGACGGAUACCGGGAAUUGGAAGUGGUUUGUGUGGGACUUCGAUUUGGAAAAGUYGAUCAUUAUGUGGUGUUGAAGAAUAAAAACAGGGCCAUCCUGCAGCUGGACAGUCCCAAAUCCGCCCRUGCCAUGCACAGUUUCCUGCAGCAAUACCCCUAUUCCAUGGGGGAACACACCCUCACCUGCUCACUGUCCCCCAUGGAAAACAUUCCCGAGGUAAAAUUCCUGAUUUUCUCAGCAUUCCGGCUUUUUGGGGUUUUUUUUCGGGGUGGAAAAAGCUUCCCACAAAGAGGUUCUGGGGCUGAARGUGGGAAAAGGGAAGUGAAGAAAGAGGAAGGUAGCAGAGGAAGUUUCAAUGCAUUUAGCCCUGGCUUGAAAAAAAUUCCAGAAGCGUGGGGAGCAGCUGCAAAUCCAUCAGGAGAGCCCAGGGCGGCAAAGAAAGGACUUGUUUCCACCCCAAAUGUCCCGGAGGAGAUUCCAGAGGGACAGCACAAGGUUUUGGAGUCCCACCCAGGAGAAGCMGCGAGGGAAUUACCCACAGGGAUGGACACGGAGGGUGUGGAUCCUGGGAUUGGAGUUCCUGUGGCUCCUGCUGGUGCCAAAUCGCCUGGAGCGGGGUUGGAAGCGAAUCCGGCGGCGCUUUCUGGAGCGGGGAAGGAAGAGGCUCAUCCCGAGCCAGAGUUUGCUGCGGAGAAGGAAAUCAAAAAGGAGGAUGAGGAGUUGUCUUCUCCUGCCAUGGAACCUGUGGAAUCAUCCAGCAAGGCUGAAGGGGAGCCAGCAGCGAUCCCGGGAGCCGGCCCUGGAGUGGCGUCCCCGAGGUUGGAUGAGGCUUCCGUGGAUCCGGCGUCACCCGGUGUCACYCAGCCGAGCAAGGAGCUGGACACUCUGGAAAAAACUCCCAUUCCCGAGGCUGGGAAAAACAGCCAGGAACCAUCAACAGAGAGGAAAACUGUCCCUAAAACCACAGAGGGUCCGGGGAAAAAAUCGGAUGCAGAUGAAGCAGAGAGGGAAGCGAAGGCGGAGGAAUCCGUGCCCAAAGCUGCGGGGGAAAAUCCCGGGAAGAGUUUGGUSAAGGCUGGGGUGGAGCCAGAGAAACCACCUGGAAAAUCAUCACCCAAGGGUGGGACUGCCGUGGAAAACUCUGGGAAUGCCGUUGGUGACGGCCACACGGGAAGUUCGGUAAAACCUCACCAAAAUAAAGGGACGGCAGCUGCCAAACCCGACGAAAGCUGCCCGGCAGCUCCGUUAAAUCCCACUGCAUCCCUCAAGGAAUCCUGCCUUGGCAAAACCCUCCUGAAGGCGGUGGUGUCUGUCCCRGAUAUCCUCAAGCAGAGAAUUCCUGUGAGGAUCAGCGAGCCUUCCUUGGGAAAAGCCGGGGAGCAGAAAAUCCCCCCCAAAACAGAACCCCGGGGCCAAGCAGGGGCGGAGAAGAAAAUCCCAUCCAAAGCCACAGCUCAGCCGGGAUCUGAGAGCAGCCAAGGGAGAGGGAAUGGAAAUUCAGGAUCAGAUGGACAGGGAGAUGGCGGGAAGGGCUCAUCCCAGCAGGAAAAGGACUCCCAGGGGGAAUCCAGGGCUGGCUCAAAGCAGUGCCAGGAGGGAGAGAGCGGAAUAUCCAGCACGAAGGAAGAGCCUGGUGGCAAUCAGGCUCCCGGCAGGGGCGGUGCUGCAGCUUGGAAAAGCGGCACUGGUGGGAAACAGAAGGAGGAAGAGGAGCUCUUCCCGUUUAAYCUGGACGAAUUCGUCACGGUGGACGAGGUGGUGGAGGAAGCCGAGUCCCCGGUGAGCACGCGGCGAAACCCCCCCAGGGGCAAGAGAAAAGAAGGGCCCAAAGCCACCCCUUCGGAGCCGGCGCCCAAGAGGAGGAAAGGGAAGAGCUCCGGAGCGAGCGCGGCCGAAGGUGAGCUGUCCUUUGUCACCUUGGAUGAGAUCGGGGAGGAGGAGGACGCCCCGGUGCCGCUGCCGGGCGUCGACCCCCAGGGCCUGGUGGUGGUGGAUGAGGUGGCGGAAGAGGAGGAGCUGUCGGAAGCGGUGAAGGAUCCGCAGGCGCUGCUGACGCUGGACGAGAUCUCGGAGCAGGAGGAGCCCGKAUCCCAGCGGGACGGGCCCCGGGCGGAAUUCGAGGAGCGGGAUCUGAAGGCCGAGCCCUUGGUGACGGUGGAUGAGAUCGGGGAGGUGGAGGAGCUGCCCCUGAACGAACCGGCAGAGCUGAGCGCCGAGGAGGGGAAAGGCAAUCCCGGGGAUUGCGCGGCCUCCCAGGUGCCCGACGAUCCCAACGCCUUGGUGACCGUGGACGAGAUCCAGGAGGACAACGAGGACAAUCCCCUGGUGACUCUGGAUGAGGUUAACGAGGAUGAGGAUGAUUUCCUGGCCGACUUCAAUCACCUCAAAGAGGAACUCAACUUUGUUACAGUCGAUGAAGUCGGGGAUGAGGAAGAAGAAAACGCUUUCCCUGGGAAAAACCUGCCCGAGGAUGAAGACGAUGAAGAUAUCGUCGCCGUUGCAGGACCGGAAGAAAUGGGAAUUCUGGGAGUUACCAGUCCAGAGGAGGAAAUGGCUGAAAUCUCCAAGCCAAAAGCAGCUCAGCUGGGAUCAGGAGAUGCAGAACCAAAGUCUCAGCAGAAGAAAACAGCUUUUCCAKGCGUCCCCAAGACACAGAGCACUCCCAAAGCUCUGGACAUCCUGGUUCCCAAAGCUGGAUUCUUCUGCCAGAUCUGCUCCCUCUUCUACGCCGACGAACCCUCCAUGAUCAACCACUGCAGGACGCCCCUGCACCGGCAGAACAUGGAGAAAUUCAUGGCCAAGCAGCAGGAUAACAGCGAGGAAGAGCCGAGCUCCAGGUGAUGGGAGCACAGAAGGACCUUCCCUGGAAUGACCCUUCGGGGCCAGUCGGUUCUGUGUAUUUGGGAUUUCUUUUGCCAUUUGGGGUCAGGAAGGAGCACCCCUGGUGUAAAAAAUUGGAGCUGGGAACAGACAAAACCCAAACGCGGUGGGGGUUGGAUCCGUGUCCCCGAUCAUGCSACGUGGGAGAGGCUGUUCCCAGUGUCCCCAGGAAAUAAAUGUUCUUACUGUAUAGUUACCCCAGGGCUUGUGUUUGGGGCUGUU